AUGGCUUCUAUUGAGCUGCGAAUAUUUAUCCUUAAGAAUUAUACUGAUGUUAGUCAAAAAGAAAAAUAUAUAUCAAAUUUAAAAAAUAAUAAAAAAGUUGUGGCAGAACCAGAUAAAUAUAUUAAAGAUAAAAAUGAAUUUGAUGAACCCCAAUUAAAAAAAGCAAAGUUUGAAAAAAAAAAUUUAUUGAAUAAAAUAGAUUCAAAUAUUGAUGAAAUCAAUUAUAAAUGUACAAAAUUAAACUGUGAGGGACAAAACUAUAAUAUAAAAAUUUGCACAUGGAAUGUUGCAGGAAUUCGAGCAAUAUUGAAGAAAAAUGGUAUUGAAUAUUUAAAACGGGAAGAUGCAGAUAUAAUAGCAUUACAAGAAACUAAGUGUGACAUAAGAAAAAUUCCUAAUGAAGGAAAAUUAAAGGGAUAUACAUGUUUUUUUCUUGACAGUAAAAGAGCUGGCUAUUGUGGAAUGGCUCUAUAUUCUAAAAAGAAACCACUACAAGUUUUAUUUGGGUUAAAAAAUAAAGAAUUUGAUGAGGAAGGCAGAUUAAUAACAGCUGAAUAUGAAACAUUUUAUUUAGUUAAUGUUUAUGUACCUAAUGCUGGCCAGAAAUUAGUAACAUUACCAAAACGCUUAAAGUGGAAUGAAAUAUUUAAAAAGUAUGUUCAAGACUUAGAUAAAAUAAAGCCUGUAAUUAUUUGUGGUGAUAUGAAUGUAGCUCAUCAAGAAAUUGAUUUAAAAAAUCCAAAAACAAAUACCAAAUCUGCUGGAUUCACUAAAGAAGAAAGAGAAGCAAUGACUAAUCUCUUGCAGUCAGAUUUCUUUGAUGCUUUCAGGUCUUUAUAUCCUGACAAAACUGAAGCUUAUACAUUUUGGUCAUAUUUUAAUAAUGCAAGGAGCAAGAAUAUAGGCUGGAGACUAGAUUAUUUCAUUCUAUCUAAAAGACUAGAAAAGAAAGUUUGUGAUGUAGUAAACAGAAGUGAAAUUUUUGGAAGUGAUCAUUGUCCAGUUGUAUUUUAUGGAAAAUUAUAACAAUUAUUUAAAAUAAAUUUGAAAUUAAAAUUCA